AUCAUACUUUGGCCGCACAAAGUCACCAAACCAAUCGAUUUAAUAACGGUCCGGUACCUUGCGCCGAUAUCGGUUAACCACGAAGAACGUUGAUGUCUAACAAUUCCCACAAAUUUGAUGUCGCUCUUUUCUUCCUCGUUUCUCUGAUCAUCUCGACAAUUGGAGAUGAAGUCAGACCUGUGAAAUUCCCUCUGGUUGUGAGCACAUGGCCCUUCAAGGAAGCUGUUAGAGCGGCAUGGAGGACUGCAGAGAGUGGGCUUUCGGCGAUUGAUGCAGUCGUAGAAGGCUGCUCUGCAUGUGAGCUACUGAGAUGCGAUGGUACAGUUGGUCCAGGUGGAAGCCCAGAUGAGAAUGGAGAAACUACAAUUGAUGCGAUGGUCAUGAAUGGGGUGACAAUGGAGGUUGGAGCAGUUGCUGCAAUGCGGUAUGUCAGUGAUGGCAUCAAAGCUGCUAGAUUAGUAAUGCAGCAUACAGAACACACUUUGCUUGUCGGAGAGCAAGCAUCAAGAUUUGCAAUUUCUAUGGGUCUUCCUGGCCCCACUAACCUAAGCUCUGAAGAAUCUAUAGAGAAGUGGGUAAAUUGGAAAAAGAAUAGUUGCCAACCUAAUUUUCGGAAAAAUGUCCUGCCAGUUAAUGACUGUGGUCCAUAUCAUCUGAAUAGUAGCACGAAACUUGGUGAGAAAUUAUUCUCGAACAAUGAGAGGGUUGGUCUUGAUGAAUCUAGGUCAUACCAUUUUGGUCUCCAUAACCAUGAUACAAUAGCAAUGGCUGUUAUUGACAAAAAAGGACUUAUAGCUGUUGGUACCUCAACGAAUGGCGCCACCUUUAAGAUCCCUGGCAGAGUUGGUGAUGGACCUAUUGCCGGUUCUUCUGCAUAUGCUGACACCGAAGUAGGAGCUUGUGGGGCAAGUGGCGAUGGUGACAUCAUGAUGCGCUUUCUCCCUUGCUAUCAAGUCGUGGAGAGUAUGAGGUUAGGCAUGGAACCUAAGCUUGCUGCUGAAGAUGCCAUUGCAAGAAUUGCAAGGAAAUACCCUGAUUUUGUUGGAGGCGUUUUUGCAGUCGAUAACAAUGGCAUCCAUGCAGGUGCAUGCCAUGGUUGGACAUUUCAGUACUCAGUGAGGAGCCCUGACAUGGCUGAUGUGGUGGUUUAUACCGUAAACCCAGUAAAAUCAACAGUUUGAUGCAGCCACUUCCGUGGCUCGUGCAUUCUUCUUAUCACUUGCAUUCCUCAGAAUUAUAGUAGUACCAUAUUUUGGUGGAUUGCCUCUGAAUGUUAUGUGAUGCUGCACUUAUUCAUAUAGAUCUAUUUCUUGAAAUAUCUUUUCUCAACCAUUAUCUUGUUUGUCUCUAUUUAUGACUCAAUAUAAAUCCAAUCUUAUUUUCCCAUGUAAAA